UUUGACCCCGAACUCUCCGCAAAGCUGCGCCACAGAAUUGACUGGCGACUAAUUCCAGCUCUCGGGGCCAUGUAUGGCAUCUCCCUAAUGGACCGUAAGAACGUGUCCAAUGCAGCCAUUGCGGGGAUGCUCGUCGACCUGCGUAUGCGUACAGGUUACGGCUACAACCUCGUCAACAUGUGCUUCUUCAUUACAUACAUUCUCCUCCAACCUUUCAUGAUUGUCCUUUGCAGAAAGAUUGGACCGAGAUUUUUCUUACCGGGGAUUUGCAUCGUUUGGGGGGGUGUUAUUAUUGGUUUUGGGUUUGCGCAGAAUUGGCACACGCUUGUGCCGCUGAGAUUGAUACUUGGAGGGUUGGAGAGUGGAUAUUUUCCAGGGUGCUUGUACUUGCUUUCGUGUUGGUAUACGAAAUUCGAAGUUGCUCGUCGAUAUUCCGUCUUCUAUUUAAUUGGUAGUCUAGCUUCGGCGCUAUCAGGCAUUAUGGCGUACGGUUUGCAGCAGAUGGAAGGUGUCCGAAGUAUUCGAGGCUGGCGCUGGAUCUUCAUCAUGGAAGGCAUAAUCACCUGCGGAGUCGCUAUUUUCGCCUUAUCUUUCAUUGUCAAAUUUCCAGACGAGGAACGAAAAAAACCAAGCUGGGGAUUCCUGAAUCCCGACGAACUCAAUCUUGUCAUCGACCGUCUAAAUGCCGACCGAGGCGACGUGGAACCCGAGAAAUUCUCUUGGAAGAAGUUCCUCGAGCCAGCCACGGAAUGGUACAUUUAUGGUUUUCCCUUCAUCCUUUUCCUCGUGACCACAAUCGCCUAUGCCUUCGCCUUCUUCCUUCCCAUAAUCCUCAACACCAACCUCAAAUUCAGCAUGGCAAUGUCCCAAUGCCUUGGUGCCCCUCCCUACGUCUUCUCCGGCAUCCUAAUGUACGGCUCCGCGUGGUUCUCCGACAAAUACAAAACCCGGGGUCCAGUGCUCUGUUUCCUUUGCCUCAUUUCCCUCAUCGGCAUCCCCAUCAUGGGCUUCGUUAAAAACCCUUGGGGCCAGUACGUCGGCGUCUUUAUCACGGUUGCUGGCACCAAUUCCGCAAUUCCGAGCGUGAUGGCGUACCAAGCGAAUAACAUCCGCGGGCAGUGGAGACGCGCGUUUUGCUCGGCGAGUCUAACCGGCAUAGGAGGUAUUGGCGGGAUCUCUGGGGCGCUGAUUUUUAGGACUCAGGAUGCGCCCAAGUAUAUCCCUGGAUUUGCCGCGUGUAUGACUUGUAAUGUGUUAGUCAUGAUGACGGUCGGCAUUUUGACGCUGUACUUUAGGAAGUGUAAUAAGCAGGCGGAUAGAGGCGAGAGAAUUUUGUUGGGAGAUCCGUCGUUUAGGUUUACGAUUUGAGCGAGUGAGUUUGGGGGGGGGGCCACUUAAUUUCAG